AUUAUAUGGCAACUAAUAGGACAUCCGGGUGUUUUGAGCUCGCAUCGUGCGCUGCAAACAAAGAAGGGAGGGCUGCCAUUUUUCUCGCCCGCCCUUUGUACAGGGAGAUUAAAGGACACCGAUUGCUUGUCAUCUAACCACCGAAAGGGAAUUCGGGGGAGUGCUACUUGGCCACUUGUAGCAGGUCAGGUCUGAUCAGUGGAGCGCAGCCUUCAAGAUGGAGAGCUUGAGACGGCCGUUCGAUCCUGUUGCACACGAGCUGGAUGCAAAUUUCCGGCUUACUAAAUAUGCUGACCUGAAAGGAUGAGGGUGUAAAGUCCCCCAAGAAGUUCUGCUCAAACUUCUUGAGGGACUCCAACAGGACAGCAGUGCACAGGAUGCUGAACAGUCUCACUUCCAGUAUGUGGCUCAAGUCCCACGCGUUGGAAUUGGGAUGGAUGCCUGCGUUACUCCACUGCGGCACGGUGGCCUGUCAUUGGUCCAGACAACUGAUUUCUUUUAUCCAUUGGUUGAUGACCCUUACAUGAUGGGCAGGAUUGCUUGUGCUAAUGUGCUGAGUGACCUGUACGCCAUGGGAGUGACAGAAUGUGACAACAUGCUGGCGCUGCUGGCCGUUAGCAACAAGAUGGGAGACAAGGAGAGAGAUGUUGUGGUUCCACUGAUGUUGACAGGGUUCAAGGAUCUGGCAGAAGAGGCAAACACACAGGUGACCGGUGGUCAGACAGUGAUAAACCCAUGGAUGACCAUUGGUGGAGUGGCUACCACUGUCUGCCAGCCUAAUGAAUUCAUCAUGCCAGACAACGCUGUCAUUGGUGAUGUCCUAGUACUGACCAAGCCCCUAGGGACCCAAGUGGCGGUCAAUGCCUACCAGUGGCUUGACCAGCCCGAGAGAUGGAACAGGAUUAAGCUGGUGGUCAGCGAGGAGGACGUGAAGAAGGCUUACCAACGUGCAAUGUUCAGUAUGGCCAGGCUGAACAGGACAGCUGCAAGACUAAUGCACAAGUACAACGCGCAUGGCGCCACGGAUGUCACGGGAUUCGGUCUCCUUGGGCAUGCGAGCAACCUGGCACGCAUUCAGAAGAACGAGGUCGGGUUCGUCAUACAUAACCUUCCCAUCAUUGCCAAGAUGGCGGCCGUCAGCAAGGCGUGCGGUAAUAUGUUUGGACUUUUGCAAGGACAGUCGGCUGAAACAUCAGGUGGCUUGCUAAUCACGUUACCCAGAGAGCAAGCGGCAGCAUUUUGUAAAGACAUUGAAAAACAGGAAGGUUAUCAGGCCUGGAUCAUAGGGAUUGUCGAGAAAGGAAAUCGUUCUGCAAGAAUCAUUGACAAGCCAAGAGUUAUUGAAGUACCAGCGAAAGAAAAGGAGGGAGAGUUGUGGUAGCAGUAUUGAACGUGAAUGUGCACACGGACCAGGGACUAUUUUUGCGCAAGAAGCUUACGGCGGCAAGUGUAGGAGUAUCGAUUGCAGCAGUUGUUACAGUUUUUACCAUCUGCGCUGCGUAUCCGAAGCAUUUUAAUUUCUAUUAAUGGGCAUUUUCUUCCCAAGAAUCUGAUCACUUCAUAUCUUUCCAUUAGCAAUAUGUGGGCGACUUUUAGAUAUGUGAAGAAAAUUAAAUCGGUGAUAUUCAGUGAAAAGAAAUUCUACUGUGACCCAAAGAUUAUCAUUGUUGAAAUCGCUUUUAAAUCAACCUGUGAUGAUGAUGAAAGAAAGAAAGUGAAGACCACCCAAUCGCUGUUCACUUUCAUCUUCAGUGCGGGACAGUCCUCGUGCAGGCUUGAGCACCCUGCGCGUCACUGAGCGUUCUGAGACGAUGAACAUAUAGGCCUCUUCAUCCACCAGUUUGGUUGGUGACCCGUUUUCUACAUGAAGCCAAAGUGUGCAAACCCUUUCGAAAAAGGUGCCGUUUGGUGGAACACUUUGAAAACUGGUCAACGUAAUCACGAACAGUGUACCAGCUCUGGUUGUUUUGGCAUCAGAAAUUAUUUCGUCUUGUGGUCGUAAAAUUUUGUUUUGAUUGUUGUAAAUUGGAUGGUAAUUGUAAUUUUCUUAAGAUUGUACCAGCUUCAUGUAUUUCUCGUUUAAAACGUAGAUAAACAUGUAUGUUCAAGUCAUCAUUCUGAAUAAAACGGAUCUAUGUAAGCCUA